AUGCCCAUUUCUGGCCCUGGGGAGAAGAGACCCGAGCUCAGUUAUGGAUCAGUUAAGCCAGAGGUGAUUGUGUAUCCAUCAAAGAUGGCUCCCCUGGGACACCACAACCUGCUUGUCUGCUCUGUCACUGGUUUCUAUCCUGGGGACAUUGAGGUCAGGUGGUUCCUAAAUGGGCAGGAGGAGACAGCUGGGGUUGUGUCCACAGGCCUGAUCAGCAAUGGAGACUGGACCUACCAGAUCCUGGUGAUGCUGGAAAUGAUCCCCAAGCGUGGAGAUGUCUACACCUGCCAAGUGGAGCACUCCAGCCUUCACAGACCUGCUAUUUUUGAUCCUUGGUGUCUCUUUUCCCCAAAAGCACAGUCUGAAUCUUCCCAGAUUAAGAUGCUCAGUGGAAUUGGAGGCCUUGUGCUGGGGCUGAUCUUCUUUGGGGUUGGCCUCAUUGUCUACAAGAGAAGUCAGAAAGGAAAUCAGGGUUCACAACCAACAGGUGAGAUCCUUCUAUCCAGGUGCAAUCAGGCUUCUCAUUGCUACAGUCUCUGCCAGUGGGGCCUGAACCUAAGAAAUGACUUGGGGGCUUAG